AUGAGCCAUGGGAAGCAUCGCCUCACCCACCCGCCAGGCGCCAGGGAUCAUGGUAAAGUGUAUGUGGAGCUGAGCGAAGGGCUGCCUAAUAUGAAUGAGAAAAAUGGUGAAUCCUUGCUCAACGGAGACUGGAAGAAUGGUGCAACUCAGACUCCCAGAGUCAUCCCCCCGGUCUUCUUCCCGUCUCCUGCGGGCUGGGUCUACGCUACCGAAACCCCCCAGGUGGUCACCAUGGUCGCAAAGUACCAGUUGACGCUGAGUGCCAGGGACUUGGGCACACCCAGCAACACUGCCAUGGCUCAGGUCGUGAUCCAGGUGGGCAACGUCAACGACAAUGCACCCAAGUUCACGCAAGACAACUAUACCGUGGUCGUGCAGGAGAACCGAGCUGUGGGCUACUCAGUGAUCCGCCUCAUGGCCACCGAUGCCGACGCUGACCCCAGCGGCGCUCCCUUCACUUGGGAGGUGAUCAACCAGCCUGUUGAGAGUCGUGCCUUCACCCUGGACCAGGAUGGCUCACUGAGGCUGGCCACCAAUAAACUGAACCACAAGGUCCAGGAUCAGUACGUGGUGCAGGUGCGAGUGUGGGACAGAGGCUCACCACCACUCCACGCUAACACCCAAGUUACCGUCAGCGUGGUGGAGGAGUCCCGCUUCCCGCCAACACUCUUCCCGCUUAAAACCGUGGUCAUCAGUUUCCGGAGUGCCUUUCCCGGAGGCAUCAUUGGGCGGGUCACUGCACUGGACCAGGACCCUUACGACACCCUGCAGUACUCUGUGGCGCCCUACCCAGAGGAAGUCAGCUCCAUCAAGUACUUUGACAUUGACAGUGAGGACGGCACUCUGGUGGCACUGACGCCUCUUGAUGCCGGUAACUACAGCGUCAACGUCAGUGUGUCAGACGGGAGGUAUCACUGCACCGUGCAGGCUCCCAUCGAGGUCUCCGUGGUCACUGAGGAAAUGGUUGAAAAUGCCGUCAUCAUUCACCUGGGUCCUCUGUCCUCCGAUGAAUUUAUCUCCAGGUAUCAGAAAUAUUUCCUCAAAGCUAUUGCCAUAGAGCUGUCAGUUCAGGAGCAUUCUGUGGUCAUGGUCAGCCUGCAGCCAGCCCUCGUACACUCACACUCUUUAGAUAAAACAGAUUACAUUCCACAGCGAUCCAAAAGAGACAUACAGAGGAGUUUUGAUGUUCUGAUAGAUGUGAGACUCUUUGAAAUCUACAUGACAAGAGAACAUCUGCUGCUGAAGCUAAAAGAAAAGCAAGUUGACAUCAAAGAGAAGUUUGGCUUGUCCUUCGUGGACAUCAUGGAGUCCCUGUGUGUGUCUGGCUCAGAGUGCGGCGGCCACGGGGACUGUGUGGAUGUGGUGGAAAUCAACGAUGAUGUGGCCAUGCCCUUCAACACACAGCUGUCUAGUCUGGUUGCUCCGAGAUUUACCCAGAAAGUUGGCUGUGUGUGUGACCAAGGGUAUGGAGGCCACAACUGCACUAAUUUAGUCAAUGCCUGUGGGCACCGACCCUGUGCUGAGUAUGAGAAGUGUGCACCCACCAACACCAGCAGCCGAGGCUACACGUGCCAGUGCCCUGCUGACAGAGCAGGACCUUCGUGCCGAGUGGACCUGACAAAAUGCCGCAGCCCUGUGUGCCACUACCCACUGAGGCCUCUCUCCUUCAGGGGAAAGAGCUAUGCCCAGUACAGCAUAGCUCAGCAAAGUGAGAGCAGCUCACUGAUAAUGAGUGCCUUCAUACGCACCAGACACCCGGUGGGAACGCUGGUCUUUGCUGCCGGGGACGUGGACUACAGCGUGCUGGAGGUGGCCGGCGGACACGUGCAGUACCGCUGGGACUGUGGCAGCGGGGAGGGGCUGGUCAGGGUAUCCACGGUGAGGGUCGACAAUGACAAGUGGCACUUCAUCAACCUGACCAGAGACGGCACCAUAUCAACACUGAGCGUGGACGGCGAGGUGAGUUCAGGAGCGGCACCGGGUGCUAAUGACAUUCUGAACAUGGAUUCAAACUUCGUGUAUCUCGGUGCUACCCUCAGCAGUGAACCAGAGUCAGGCAUGUCUUCCUGUUCCCCAAGCAGCCUGGGAUUUGUGGGUUGCCUCGAUCAGAUCAUUAUUGACGGCACCGAGCUUCCCGUGGCAAUAACAGGGACGGCCUCCGGGGGCACGGUGCUCACGCGCCUGGCCAACGUGGAGCUCCAGUGUCCAGGCGUGCUGCCUCUGCCCGACGUGUGUCGCUCUUACCCUUGCCAGAACGCUGGGUCAUGCAUAGAAAAUGAAGGUUCUUAUAAGUGCAAUUGCCCUCCACGCUUUACCGGAGCACAGUGCCAGGUGGACACGGCUCCCUGCUCCUCCUCACCCUGUCUUAAUGGAGGCAAAUGUAUUGUUGUUGGCCACACCUACAAGUGUCAAUGUCCUUCAAAACUGAGUAGAAAACGUUGUGAAUAUGGCAUUUUCUGCAACACAAACCCAUGUCAGAAUGGCGGUCGCUGUGAGGAGGGUGCUGAUGGGCCUAUAUGCAAGUGCCAACACUUUACCGGUGCAAUGUGCCAGCUGGACUUUGAUGAGUGUACCCGCAACCCUUGCCAGAACGGGGGAACCUGCCUCAACUUCUUUGGUGGGUUCAAGUGCAUAUGUUCCUCCAAUGUUACCGGUGAAUGCUGCACAGAGGCCGUUAGGAAGGCUGAAGAGCCGUCCUCCUCCCUGAGCAUCACCCUGGAGGAGCUGCUGUGCAUCCUGGCCGUGUUCCUGGGGUGUGUGAUGGCCGUGCUGCUGCUGGGGGCCUGGCAGCGGCGGUGGUGGAGGCACAAGCAUCACCAGCAGGACAACCGCAUCAAGCUCACGGACCACCACGUGAAGAACUACCUCAAGGCGAAUGACGCACCCAAAAGAAACUCCAAAAUUUGCAACGUGGAGGCAGACCAGCAGGGGCCGCCGCUGCCCCCCCGCCCAGCCUCCUACACCCCCAGCGGCAACGACUCCGCCAUUCUCAACACCCUCAAGCACCUGGCGGACCUGUCUGCCGCGGGCCACGAGAGUCUUGAGCUGGAGACACUCUCACGCUGCUCCCACGAGUUCCUCCACAGCCUUAACAAGCCCGUGGUCAUGCAACCCAACUCACCGCCGCCGCCCUCCAACAGUGACCUGACUCUCCACAAGCCCUGGGACCACCACAACAACCUCAACGACUCCUACUUCAUGCCCAUCAAGGAUACAUCCCAGUGA